AGUCCACUAGAUAAGCUCAGUCUGUGCAAGUUCGGUAUAUUGUGUGUUUGUGUUAUUGUGUCUAUAUCGCUCCCAAACGGGCUCAGUAUCAACAAUCAACAUCCGUCGUCGAAUAGAAAAAUUACGAAAUCAUGUACCAACGAGAACGAUCUUUUUAAAUGUGAAAUUUCGUCUGAAUUCCAUUAAUUUCUGUCGUUAAAAUAGGGUUACGGUAGCGAGAAUGAAAGAAAAUGGGUGUGCGAUGGUUUUUCUUGUUGUGGAUGUUUUUUUGUGUCUGUACUCUCAGAUUUAUAUCUGUAACGGCUCAAGAGUUCACCAUGUGCGACAUCCAACAGUGUCACUGCACAAUUAAAGCAGCUUCUUGGAAAAUUGUUAAUUGCAGUUUACAUGAAGGACAGAUAGUAAACUUUGAAAACGCCAAAGUUCCAAAUGAAGCAGUCGAAAUUUAUGUCACAGGUGGACGAGAAAUCACAUUUGCCUCGAAAACUUUCAACGGAAUCCGUGGACUGUCUUUAAUUUAUAUAGAUGGAACUCAAAAGAUAGUUAUGGAAAAUAAAUCAUUUUAUCACAUUACCUCUUCUAGUCUACUAAUUCAAAUAAAAAACUGUGAUGAGUUAAUUAUUAAGACUGGUGCUUUCGAUUAUUUACAGAGUUCUGUCUCUACAGAAGUUUUUGAUGUAAAUUUUGCAAGCAUUGAAUCAGCUGCUUUCUGUCAACUAUAUAACAGUACUUUUAAAAAUGUGAGAUUAUUGAAAUUACAAGAAAGAGCAUUUGACUUCAAAAACGAAAGAAAUAAAGCAGCUACAGGACCUGUAUCUGUCAUAAUAUUCGAAAAUGUCGAAAUUCAAAAAAUACCUUCAGAAGUAUUCUUAACACCGUUGGCAAGUGUUUCAUUCCAUAAUUGUAAAAUUGGCGAGAUAUUACAAGAUGCUUUCAAGGGAUUCCAAAUAUCUUCAAUUAUUAUGGAUGCUACAACCAUAGAAAACGUCCACGAAGGAGCUUUUACUGGAAGAACUCUCAUUUGCGAUUUCAAAAUUACCAAUUGCAGUGUAUCUACAUUACAUUCGAACGCCAUUCUUGCAGCAGUCGGCAACUUUUCCUUGAGCCAUUCCAUUGUUACAGAUAUAGAAUCGGGUGCCAUAAACGCUACAGUUGCAAGAAGUGAGAUCUGCAAUAAUGAAAUAUUCAAUAUCCAUCCAACAGCUAUUGUUAUAAAUAAUUGGAACGUCAUUGAUAUGGAAAACAAUAUAAUAAAACAUCUUUAUGCUAACUUCUUAUUACCGUUAAAAGGAGCUGAUAACGAGAAGCUUUCAUUUAAAGGAAAUGAAAUUUAUAACAUGGACGAAACGGCUUUAGGUUUCUUAUCGAACGUAGAUACUAAUAUUUUAACAUUUGACGAUAAUUUUUUCAAUCAAACAUGUGAUUGUUUUAUCGAUGCUUGGAUAGAGAAAAUAGCCAAUAGCAAUCAGCUUAAAUUAAUUAAAGGAACCAGUUUUUGUACAGUUAAUGCAUAUUUAUCGAACUGCUUUUCUCUUCCAAUCGGUAUAAUCAAUAUACAAAAUUUUACAGAAAAAUCUUGUAAAAAUUUAACAGUUUGUGAACCCUAUGAAGGAAAAACGAGAAUAGUAGAUACUACAAGUAAAAUAUUCGUAGAAGAAGACGAUUCUGCUAAGCAGAGCUGGUUAAUUUUCAUGAUUACCAUCAUAAGUCUCUUUAUAGUAGCCAUAGUUGUCACUUUUAUAAUAUUAUUAAUACGAGGUGGUAGAUGGUUGAAAGAUAAAGGUUAUUUCAGGAAUGUCCAUUACAAUAACAAUGAUUUGAGUAUAGAAGAAGGUACUGUAGUCACAGUAGAUGAAAACGAAAAAUUAGAAAUUCCAGAUGAACUAACUUUGGAAUUCCUUCAAAUUCUAUCAAAAAGAUUAGAUGACCCUGCAACUCACCAAGACGCUUCAGAAAUGAUUGAAAGAUUGUAUGAGAUGUUCAUAAUCGAAGAUGGUUACGAAAACAAUAACAGACAAGAAGAAGAAGCGCACCUAUAUGAAGAACUUGGAAAUUUGAAUCUACAAAUCCCACCUCCACCUUAUGAAGAAGAUAGAGAAUCGGCAGCAGGAGCGAGAAGUAUUUUAAAAUUAAUGGAGGAAAAAUUUUCCCAACAGGUAGAUGUAAAUAAUGGUAAUGGAAAACCACCCGUAAUGAGUGAUUAUUCGGAACCAACAGACGCGGCUGUACAUCUUUAUUCAGAAUUAAAAAAUAAAGGUGAAAAAUCAGAUAACAAAGGUAGUACAGACUGUUUAAAAUCAAACGAAUCAUUAAAUAAUUCGAAAAAUGAUUGGCUUUCCAAACCAGGACCAUCAACUAAAUUAUAAUAAUUUUAAUCUUGUGAUUCAAAAAACUUUUCUAUUAGUAAAUUUUUAUGUUGUAAAUAUUUUUAUUAGUCUUUUUAUUAUAUUUUAAUAUUAUGAAAAUAUUCACGUGUUUUUAAUUUGAUAACUUUUCUAAAAAUGUUGAUAGAACCAAAACUAUACUUUUUCUGCUGAAACGAAUUAUUUCUCAUCAAAAUAUGUAUUACGAGAUCUGACAAUAACAAAACGGAUUAUGUAAAAAUUACAUGAUCCCUUUUAAAGUAAAUCCCUUCCACAAUAAUAGUAUAGUAUCAGCAAUUUAUUAUUUCAGUGGAACCUCCAACGUUCGUUCCCUUUACGACAUUUUUGAUUGUAGGGAAAAGAAAGAAAUCACGGGACAAUAGAUCUGUCGACUGUUUUGGUGACACUAGACCCUUUUUAGAAGCUAAAAACUGCGAAUUCCUCCACACGCAUUGAUACGAUGCAGUUGUUAUUCGUGAUGGAUGUGCGCGCUAACCCUUUCUCGAAAUACAUCGCUCCAGAAUACAUGAUUCAUAAUCUUUUCAGGAAGAACUAACUUCUUAUGUACCAUCCCUUGGCUGUUAAAGAAGCAGAUAAGUAUCGUUUUCACCUAUAACAGUAUAAUUGUCGUCUACGAUCGACAAUCGACGUCGUUGGUGUCCUUCUGAAAGUUUGUUGCAGAACUAUUUUUGUACAAAGCUUUCUCAUCGCGAAAUCUAGAAUUAUAAUCUGCCUGAUAGUUUCACGGCUGAUAUUUAUUUUUCUGCUUCGGCUCAUAGCUUUAACAGACGAUAUUGUCAUAAGUGUACAUGGUGCAAUUUAGUUAGUGCGCACCUCGACACGAACUUCGUUUUAAUGACCUUCCUUUUAUAUCAACAAAACAAAAUAAUUCAUCGUAAGUUUCAGUUGCAGAAUCGUCAAAUUUCGCAUAAACUUUUGACUCGUAGAUUUUUCGAUUUUCCAAUUUUUUGUGACGAGCACGAAGAUGGAAAAAUAUGUAUGACUAGAGCAAGGUUAUUACAUUAAGUGGUAAAAGUUUUCCUAUUCCAGAGUUAUUAUAAAAAUGACAAAUCAUUAAUUAAUUGUCAGACAUCGCAUCGUUAUUUUUGUUUUCAGUAGAUUAUAAUAAGGAAAACGAUGAUACUAGAAGUCCCAAUAUAUCAUCGCGAAAAUAAAAAAAUGGCAAUGAAAAUAUUCCUCAAUCAGUGGGAAAGGUCAAAUAUACUUAGGACAACUUUGUCUUGAAGUAUCGUUUGUAUGAUAGCGUGAUGAAGGUGAAUGUACUUUUUUGAAUACAUAAAGUAUUCAUUAGAAGUUAUACUUCUAUUAAGUGUGGAAGAAAUGGAUAUAAAAUAAAUCGUAUUGUGGUUAUAUCCCGCAAUAUUCAGCUCUUCUUAAUUAUUUCAGCAUACAUAUUCUAACAGUUAUACCACACAUUUCCUGCUUAGAAAGAUGAUUUUUCUAUCAAAUUAAUCAAAAAUUCAAAAUCUGCAAUAGCAAUAGCAAAUAAACAUUAUUACUAUUUAAUAAUAACUUAUUUCUCAUUUAUUGUUACCAAUCACCACUUUCAAUAAUUUUCUUAUUUUUUUAUCUUAUGAUAGUAUUCCACAUCGAAUUUAAACUGACAAAAUUGAUAUUUCCACCUAUCUCAAAGAAAGCACAGUUAUAAUAUAAUCAAACCGGUAAAGAAAAAAAGCAAGAUAAUACAAUAUUCUGUUUCAAUAAACACUCAUAAGAAAGAGGGGGUAAUAACUAAAGAUCAUACUAAUAAAUCAGCUCUGAAAAGAUUUUAACUUCCUAACGGUUUUUUGUUCUACAGAUUUUCCACCUUUUCAAACAAUUUUCUGCAAUUAUUCAAGUGUUAUUAUUUGUACAAAGUUUCAUGAUAUUUACAAGAAUUAUAAAACAAAGCGAAUAGUAUAUUAGACACCAAUUAUUACCUUGAUUAUUUUUAGAUAAUAACCCUCCUCACCCCAAAGCAAAUGUUCUUGGUUUUUUUGCGACAGACCCAAACUACCUUAAAAACUUUCUGCAGGAAUUAAAAUUAUUUUUUGAGCAUUAUUUGUGGAUUUGCGGCUUUUCCCCAAAGUUUGUAGGCAUUUAAAAGACAUAUUAAUUAGGAAAAAAAUAAAAAUACAUAUAUAAAAUUAAAUAAGUAAUAUUUAAUGAUCAUAAAACAAAUACUUAAUGUAUGGUCUUAGCCUACAAACGAAUUGGAAUGUAACAUAAAAAUUAAAUAGAUUAAAUUAGACUAUAACAAGCAACAUAUGAAAAACUUGGCAAGGUUGUGUCACUCAACUCAUUCUGAAUUCUUCCAAUAACAUUGGAGGUAACUAUUUCUGACAUUUGCUUAUGUUUAUAUGCUGGCUCAAAGUUUUUAUAAAACCUAGUACCAUAUUUGCUGCAUAAAGCCAACUUUAAAAAUAUUUUGUUACCUUUAUAGCUAGCUGGAGGUUCAUUGAUCAUGACAUAAGCUAGUUUGUCAGUAGUGCCUACCUCCUCUAGGUCAGAGGUGUCUCUGGCUGCUGGUCGUUUCAGCAUUAUAGAAGCCAUUACUGAGCCCCAACUUUCACAAAUAACCUCUGAGACAGGUGUAGUUAAUAUAAACUUUAAAAGCUCAAUAGCUAGAGGGUAUUUGAAGAAUACUAAUUGGUUUCUGUCAAUCAAGGGCAGGAAAUCAUAGCCACAAACAAAAUAUUCUGCAAGUAAGUUUAUAUUGUCGUUUUUUUCUUAGUAACACGAGAAAUUUUGUUUUUUAAUUUUACAUAGGGCCAAUCUUUCUGCAGUCCUCUUCCUCGUUCUAUCACAAUGUUCGCUUUGGGGCCUCCACACCUAUAUAAAAUUGUUCAAAAUCGAAAUUUGAAUCAAAUAUAAAUCAAUAAUUAAAACAAUUUUAAUAUGAAAAUAUAUUACUUUUAUAUUUUUAAUUUGAAUAAUUCUAUAUAAUAUUCAUUAGGCAUAUUUAAAAGUUAAACAAGUUUUUGGAUAAUGAAUAUUUUUAUACCGGGCUGAUUAUGUAAUACUAGAUGAAAAACAUUGAAUGGUGUCCAAUAAAAUGCUUUUAUGGGAAGGCUAUUAACAAUGAAUGAUUGGCACAUGAUCAAGUGAAAUUUCGUCAAUGUUAUUUUAGAUUUUCAAAUUAUCUGCCAGUAAUAACAUUUCAUAAUAAAUAAUUCGUAUUCAGCAAACAAAAUGAAAAAAUAAUCACCACGAGUUUUUAAAAGUACAUCAGCUUUUUUUUUAAAUAUAGUUCUAUGGAAAAUUUACCAAAAAUUGUUCCAAAAUUGAAUUGUGUGAUUUUUCUAUUCAGAUUAAGCAAUUCUGCAUGUAUUAAGCAAAAGUCUGUGGGUUUGAUUUAAUAUUGGUGAAAAUUUUCACUACUCAUUUUGACUAUAGUUUAGAAAACCUAUUAAUUCAUCAAAUUACCAAAUCAAAUGACCAAAUAUUUCUUUUCAUGGUUAGUUGAGAAAGGAAUGAAAAACAUCAUCGAUAUACAUUUUUCAACACUCCACAAAACGAGAAUACAUUGAUACGUUGAUUCUUUUAAUGACGAAUUUAUUUAUGAUGAUAUCCGAAAUAAUCACAAGAAUGACGAACUGCUACUAUUUUCAGCCAAUGCAAAUUUUUUUCACCACAGCACGCGCCAUCUAGGCUGCUCAUUUAUGACUAUAUUUAACUCAAAUUUUAAACAAUAGGUGGUGUUGACUAAAUAAAAAACAUGGAUUAUAAAAUAUAUUUCUGUACUUCUCAUUGAGAAUAUUCAUUGUUUAUUUUAAUAACGUUAUUAAACCUUUCUCUCCAUUAUUUUGAAUUAAUCUCAUAAAACUCAAAUUAAAUUUUUUGAAAUACUCAAAUUUAGUUAUGUUCUGUUGUUCUUAACGGUGCCCUAUAUAAGAAGUAAGGGACUUUUUUUAUAUAUUUUAUAUACCUAUUCUUAUGUAAUUCAAUUACUUCGUAUAUUUAAAACAAUAAGGGAAUAAUAUAAUAUACAAAGGGAAUAAAUGAUUUAAAUGCUUGGAAAGAAAAUAAUAUUGAACGAAUUUUGAAAUAUAUGUUUAAGAAAUAAUGAGAAACUCUGAGAAGAUGUAUGUAUGAUUGCCUUUGAAGCCACAAUUCAUUGUAUGUCAAAACGGUUGAUACACUCCAAGAGUUUUUUUCUGUUGUUAUAUAUUACAACAAUAAAUAUAAAAUUUUUAAUUCCAUUCCAUUUAACAUGUUGAUUUUUUUUGCCAAUCAAUUCUAUAAUUAGAGGUAGAAAAAGUUUGCCAUUUUUUUAUCCAACAAUAUUUGUAACAUACAAUAGUCCGGUCAAUUUAGACAUUCGAAUUUACGUAAAUUCCCACCAAGCUGAACAUCAGUAACAUUGUUUAAAACAUAAUUAUAAAUAAAAUUUGGAAAUUUUUCAUCAUUCCCGUGUAUAGAAAAGUAUUAAUCAAGCUCAAAGGUCAAAAAAAUGAGAUUUUCGCGAUGUUUGGCAAAACGGUAAGGUUUAUCAUAAAAAUACUGAUCGAUAAUUAUUUUCUUGUUUUUGAGAUAUAAUGAUUCAAAAAGUUGUAAUCGUCAGAAUAUGCACACGUUUCCAUGCCACCUAUAAGGUAGUGUACUUAGCGAUUUUUUUUACGUGGUGUCUCCAGUAGGCCUUUUAAACAGGUCUGUUGUGAUCAUACUAAUUUAGAACUAUUACUAAAUGGUGUAAAUUACCAGAGAUUGAAAAAUGAAAGCGAUUUAACUAAAAAAAUUGUGAAAUUUAAUCGUUCGAGUCGUAAUUUUCAAAUUCCUUUUCUUGUUCUUCUUCUUUUUUAUCUUCAUUCUGAGUGCGUCACUAGCGAUGUAUCGCAUGUCGCCUGUUGGAAUCAAACCGAUCCUCCACUGUUGGAGAUUAAAUAUUACAACACGACCGGCCUUGACAAGGUUUAAAUACCAAAGAACAAAACAGUCCGACUUUUUUACAACCACAUUUGUCACUGCAUCCCUUUUUUAAAAAAUAGGAGUAAAGUUUAAACGAGUUCUAAUGUAUUGUUAACCAACUUCUAAUCCCAGUCUGUAGGGUCUAGCUGAUAACCAAGCUACACUUGAACUUGUUAAUAUACCCGAAAAAGAUGAUGAGCAGCAAUUGAGGUUGAAGGAAGACAAGCCAAUUGAAAUUGUUUUUUACUGUUAGUAUUAACUAAACACGCAUAUCGAUACUUAUCUAAAAAGGUAGUUUUUUUAGGAGCUCCGUACAUAGAAAGAAGAAAGCGAAUGCCGUUGAUAAUAACUUCCUUGUCGAGUUGAAUUAUUGUUUUCAAAAACUUCAGCACAUUGAACUAAAUUUUGAUUUUCAAACAUUUUGAAAACUGUUAUUUUACUUCUCUGUUAUUACGCGUAAAAAUAGUGAUGACUUUGACACUUUGUAAAAGUAGAUAAACUUUUUGAUGAAUAGAUUUCCGAUUUAUUUUGUGUUUUUUUCUGGUUUUAAGAGAAAAAUAGUUUUUUCAGUUUCAGUUCAAGCAAUAAGUGAUAUGAGUAAGUCUUCAUCUUCACCAACAGCAAUAGUUGUAUUUGUUAAAUUGAAUUGCUCUCUUGCUGUUUCAGUAAUCAGCAUCUUUAUUAAUUUGUUUUACCAAUAUAUUUUCGACAGUAAACUUUUACCAUUUUACCUGAUAUUCUUAUAAUUACAACUUAUGUAUAUUUUAAGUAUAAGUUAAAAUGAUAGAUACAAAAUAUUUUAACAUACUCGUAAAUUAUAACUCUAAGAGAUGCAUAUCCGUGGCGUAUUCAUGCAUAUUAUGGCGAUUAUAACUUUUUGAAUAAUUUUAUUUCAGAAACCGUGGCUCGUAGGAAAAAGAGUAUUGAUAUAUUUUUUGUAGAUAAUUUUAUGAUCUAUAAUUUUUGUCUGAUGUAUUUUUAUGACAAACAUUACCGUUUUGCUUAAAAUCGCGAAAAACCCUUUUUUUUGACCUUUGACAAUGAAUAAUUUUUUUUCCAUACACGGGAAUGAUGAGAAACUCAUUUUUAAUUAUAUUUUAAACAAUUAUAAUGAUUUUUUCAACUUGGUAAGCAUUUAUGUAGCUUCACUCUUAUUUUUUGGUCUAAUUUAACCGGACUACAAGUCAAUAUUGUUAAUAUAUUUUCUAUUUCUAAUCAAAUAUCUUCAUAUAAAAACAGUCUUCUUAUUCUUUUAACGACAUAGUCUCAAAUUUAGCAUUGACAUAUCAUUAACAAAAUAUUUUGUACUGCUAGUGCAUUUUGACCAACAACUAAUUACUUUAUUUUUAUCCAUCCUCAUAAAUAGAAUGCAAUGAAUGAACUAAUCUACCUUUUUAUUCUGUAUAUAGUUUUAAAUUAAUGUAUCUAUAUGUAAGAAUUAAUAAGCAAAUUCACUAAAUAAAAAAUAAUUAAAUAAUGUAUGCAUAACUUGGUGAAAUAUUUAUUUUUUUUAUAAGAAGCUUCAUUUGAACAAGAAAUUGCCGAAAUUGCUAUACGUUUUUUAAUAAUAUCGAAUUUGACUAAAAUUUUAACCACAGGUUCUGUUUAAUAUUAAUUCUAGAAUCCACAUUGUUUAAAAACUUGUCUAUUAGACUUAAAUCUGUCUUAUUAGGGUAUGUUGGUAGUCUCUUCAAAUAUAAAAAAACUUCUUCAAGCUUAGGUAAUAGUUUAAGCAUAUAUUAUAUAUUUAAAAAAUAUAUGUAAUAAAUUUGUUACUUAAAAUUUAUAUGUAUGAGGAUAUUUUCCUUAUAAGUUUAAAUGUCAUCUAAAAUUAUCGCAAGAAUCGUCUUGCCUUGCUGUGAUAAUGUUGUGUUAGUUGUAUAUUUUGUAUUUUAUCUAUCGAUUCUACAUAAUUUUUUUAAAUAAAAGUUGUAACUACAA